GUCCACAGCGGUUUUUUAAGUGCAUAUGAUUCGGUCAGAACAAAGCUUAUCUCACUUAUCAAGCAAGCAGUUGGAUAUGUAGAUGAUGACCUUGAACCCACUCCCAAGUGGCAUGUUUAUGUAACUGGUCAUAGUUUGGGCGGUGCUUUAGCUACUCUCCUUGCUCUUGAAUUAUCAACAAGUCAACUGACGAAGUAAUGUUGUCUUCUCUGAACUGAUUGUUUUAUAUACAUUCUGUCCUCUUCAUGAUGGUUGUUUGCUUGGGUGCAUGUCAAUUUCUGUUAAACCUCUUUUUGCUGGAUAGACCACUGUGCUUCUUAAACAUGAUAACAUGUGAAU